AUGGCUGCCCUGUCAAAAGCAAUUGCAAAAAAUGUCUUAUUCUCUCACCUUGAUGACAAUGAAAGAAGUGACAUUUUUGAUGCCAUGUUUCCUGUCCAUAGACAUGCUGGUGAAGUCAUCAUUCAACAAGCCUCAAUUCUUCCUUGUACUUUUUACUUUUCUCUUCCUUCUUCCUCCUACUUAUUCUUUUCUCUUUCUCCCCCUUCCUUUCCCCCUCUUUCUCUCCCUUCAUUUCACCCUUCCUUCCUCCCCUCUUUCCUCCCCUCUUUCUCCCCCUUCCUUCCCCCCUCUUACUCCCUUUCUUUCCCCCUCUUUCUCCCCUUUCUUUUCUCCUCUUUCUCCCCUUUCUUUCCUCCUCUUUCUCCCCCUUUCUUUCCUCCUCUUUCUUUCCCCCCUCUUUCUCCCCUUUCUUUCCCCCUCUUUUCCCCCUCUUUCUCCCCCCUUUCUUUCCCCCUCUUUCUCCACUUCCCCUCUUUCUCCCCUUCCUUCCCCUCUUUCUCCCUUCCUUUCCCCCUCUUUCUCCCCCUUCCUUUCCCCUCUUUCUCCACUCUUUCUCCUCCUCCUCAUUUCACAAUCAUCAUGGAUGUGCUCAGAUAUUGUGCUGAAAUUGUGUCUAUGAACAAUGAACAUGUGACCACAAUUGGAGAAGGUGGUAGUUUUGGAGAACUGGCCCUCAUUUAUGGCAUACCUAGGGCAGCCACUGUAAAGGCUAAAAAUGAUGUAAAAUUGUGGGGUAUUGACAGAGACAGUUAUAGGCGCAUUCUCAUGGGCAGUACAAUCAGAAAGAGAAAAAUGUAUGAUGAAUUCCUCUGCAAAGUGUCCAUACUGGAUAACUUGGAUAAGUGGGAACGGUUAAGCAUUGCUGAUGCCUUAGAGCCUGUUCAAUUUGAUGAUGGACAACAGAUUGUCCGGCAGGGAGAACCAGGAGAGGAUUUCUUCAUUAUCACAGAAGGAACAGCUGCUGUUCUACAAAGACGAGCUGAUAAUGAAGAACCUAUCGAGGUUGGACGACUGGGUCCUUCAGAUUACUUUGGGGAGAUCGCCCUUCUUCUUGACCGGCCACGAGCUGCUACGGUGGUAGCCCGCGGUCCCCUCAAGUGUGUGAAAUUAGACCGAGCAAGAUUUGAACGUGUGCUUGGACCAUGUUCGGAUAUCCUGAAGCGAAACAUCUCCCAGUAUAACAGCUUCGUCUCCUUGUCAGUGUAA